AUGACAGUUGCCCAGUACGAGGCAGAGUUUGUUGCCUUGUCCAGAUAUGCUCCUGAGAGGGUGACACCAGAGACUCACACGGUUAGUAAGUUUGAGAGGGGCCUGAGAUCAGAGAUCAGACAUGCUAUGGCUGGUGUCCGAGUAGAUGAUUUUCCUUCGGUGGUGAGACGUGCUCAUGCGAUAGAGAGGAGUAUUCAAGAAGCCAAAAUGGAGCAGGUAGCCAAGACAGUGGUCAUGGGAAAGACAAGAGGGAACAAUAGCAAAAAGCGAAGAUGGGAUUCUAGUUCUAGUAAUAGAACAGUUAAGGCUACAGCAUGCAAGACAGGUGGAAGAUGGCAUCGAGGACAGUGUAAGAUAGCACAGGGUAAUGUGUGCUACCAUUGUGUGCAGCCAGGUCAUAUGAGAAAAGAUUAUCCGCGGAGGUCAGGUGUAGCAUCUAGCCAGGGAAUCACGUGUUAUCGUUGUGGUCAGCCAGGUCACACAUCCAGAGUAUGUAGACAGCCAGCACCAGUUGAGGGACAGAGGACUAGGGGUUCAGAUCAGAAGCCAGCACAAAAAUCUACAGCAACUAGAGGGCGGGGAGCAGCUUCUCGACCUGCCAUUACUGAUAGCCCCCAGGUAUCAAGCAGGGUGUUUGCAUUAUCAGCAGCAGAGGCUGAGGGAGGCAAUGAGACUGUACAAGGAAGGGAAGUGGUGUUGGAUUGUGAGAUUGUAGUCUGUGAAAGAGUUAUGCCUGGUGAUCUAGUAGUGUUAGCCAUUCAGAACUUUGAUCUUUUAUUAGGCAUGAACUGGCUAUCUCGACAUUAUGCUAAGGUCGAUUGUCGACAUAAAGGGAUCACUUUUGAGCCUCCCGAUCAGUUAGAGAUUAUGUACCGAGGAGUUAAGCCCGUUGUGGCGACACCUAUGAUCUUAGUGAUGCGAGCAGAGAAGCUGAUCCAACAGGGGUGUGAGGCAUACUUAGCUUUUGUGACAGUUACUCCUGGGGAGAGGAAGGAGUUAGCUGAUCUUCCUAUUGUUCGGGAUUUAUCGGACGUAUUUUCGAAGGAGUUGCCGAGCUUACCACCCUACAGGGAGAUUGACUUUUCCAUUGAGUUACUGCCAGGCACUCAACCCAUUUCUAGGACUCCUUAUCGCAUGGCUGCCAACGAAUUAAAAGAGUUAAAGGUGUAA